GUCCGUUUCCGUCAGUUCUCGAUACGAGUAGAGUUCGGUUUGCUGCAAUGCUUUAGAUAGCUUCCACACUUGCCUGGUUGCCUUCCAUUCCCAGUCUGUUGUGUGUUGGUUCCUGAGUAUCCGCGUUCGUUCGCGAGUCUCGCGUAGGUGCCUCCAUGGUCGUGUCGUCUCGUCUUGUCUUAUUUUACACACUACAGUAAUACUCUCACUCAUACACACAGUCUGCAGUCUACAGUCUACAGUCAUCAACCAACCAAGUAAUACUACUUGCACAUAACACAAUACAAUGUAAUGUACGACAGAGGACAGAGUAAGAGUGGUGAAGAGUGAAGAUAUAAUAGUAAGACCAUAUUACUACCUAAACUAAACUAUAAACUACAAACUCAUACUCAUACUCAGUUUUAUUGAGCACCAGCACAACGAACUUGAGUGAUAGAUUCUGAUAUCUCAGCUGAUCUCGCUGUUUAUUACCUAGUAGCUGAAUCAUAAUCGUAAUUAUCAUCAUCAUUAGAAUAAUUAUCACCAGUAAUGUAGUAUCAGUUGCAAGUUUCAUAUCUAUAUAUAUAUAUAUAUAUAUAUAUUAUACAUACAUACGUAUAUAUAUAUAUAUAUAUGUAUACAAAGCAAGUGUGUAACAUUGACCAGUGUGUUGUAUAGUAAAGUGUAUCGAGGUGCAUUCGUAGCCGGUUUUCCCGUGUAGUGGCUGUCAGUGAGGAUGUGCGCGGGCGUGUAUCACAUACUCCUUUAUCAUCGCACUGGUAUUUGUAAUCCACAUUCAUUUAUUCCUGUGUAAGAAUAUAUACACGUUACUCACUCAAUUUAUAUUUUUUAUUUCUUUGUCGUAUCUCGGUUUUACUAGUAAGUUUAUCUCAGUCUGGUUGCUAGCAGCCGGGUGAAGACGUUUUGUUUUAAAAAUAAUAAUAAUAAUAAUAAUUUUGUUUGUUUAAAUAAUAAGUGUAGCAAGCGACGAGCUUUGGAUUAUUGUGUGUUCAAUGUGUCAAUUUAUAAUCACGUAGAUAUAUAAAUGUAUAUGGAGGAUUAUUGAUACUUCGAAGCGUACAGUUGUGUGAGGUGAAAAAAAAUAUAAUAAUAAAUAAAAUAUAAAGUUUUAAAGAAGACGAAGAAGAAGGAAGGAAGUGGUGUGUGCGCGUGUGGAAUUAAAAACAUGUGGCUUGAAAAGAUGUCAAUAAUUCGGUGGUACGUCGUCGUAGUCAUCGGAGACUCGCGGCUUGUGCACGAUAAAUUAUCUGAAAAGUGGAGAAAAGUAUAAAAAACAACGGGGAGAUAAAGAGUAAGAGGCGUGAGUGCGAUUUGGGGAACUUGUGAGAGUAGAAUGCUUGGCAGCUGGGGCUGGAAUGAAAAUUUGGAGCUAGGAGUUGCUGCCGAUAGUUCAUCGGUACUAUUACUAGCCAGCAAAAGUGAUAUAAUUGAUUUUGAAUUAACGCAUCCUGUCCCCGACAGUCGGGUGCUGAGGUAUGCACCCAGUUAUUGUCAAUACUCCACUACAGAGUCACUGUACACCGGUCAUGAGUCUCUCAAAGACCAUAUGGACUCGUGAGUUGGCGAAUAUGCUGACAGCACAUCCAGAGAUGCACGAAAAACGUGACUCGCUGAGCAGUGGCUGUGCUACCAUGGAUGAAAAAAUGGUGAUUGAGCAGCCACCGCCGCCACCACCCCAGCGCGAUCCGUCGGAUCCAACGAUAAGCGCUAAAAAACUUCCAAAGAAGAGAAAAUUCGAUCCGUCAGAGCUGGAGGAAAUGGACAAAACGAGUAAUGUCAUCAGCAAUGUCGUCAGUUUGAAUACAAAUAAACAGGUAGUUUGUGCUCAGCAGACAAUGACACAACCUAGUAUUCAAAUUCCACAUACAAUACCAUCGCUGAACCAGUCUCAGCUCUCACCUCAACAGACCCACCAUCUCCAGCAGCAGCAGCAACAGCAGCAGCUUCAUCAUCAGCAGUCGGAUUGCUAUCAAUCCACCCAGACUGUGGUGCAACAACCGCCACAAAGUACGGCCGUCGAUUAUUCAUUACGCGAGGAACCAUCACGUUCGCGUCCACGACCUACUCCGAUUCUUGACCUCAGUGAGUGGCGCGAUCAUCAUGUACUUGCAUUAAGGGAUUCGCGUUAUUACCCGGGUGUUAUUAGAGAUGCUGGUGGUCAUGGUGAAAUUUACGUUGAGUUUGAGGGUGAACAUACAUUAGUGAGGUACAGUGAUGUGUUGGGUGCUGGUAAAUAUGAUAUCAUUAGUGAUGCUAGCCCGUCAGUAGGACAAGUUAAAGUGGACGCUAAAGUUUGUGUUAGAUAUUUAACGACGGGCGCAUCCUUUAUUAAUGGGACUGUGUGCAAAAUAUCGACAAAGCCUCAGCCGAGUUUUGUUGUUAAAAUUCAGCGGGAUGACGAUAAGAGUGAAACUAUUUUUGUUAAACGAGCGGAUUUACGGCUUGUCCAGCCUCCAUGGUGGGACGAGCUGGAAGAGAGUAUGAUGGAAAGUGAGCCGAGAAGAGUUGAUUCAGUUGAUCAUGGAUACAGAAAUUCUCUAGAUGCUCCAAUGCCAAUUCUUCUGCAUCAUACCUCUCACUUGCCAGGUCACAAUGACUCCAGUGGAUAUUACCGUACUACGGGAACUAGUCCUCUCAUGACAAUUAGCACUGCAGUGCAUUCUGCCAAUGCAACUCUGAGCAACGGCAGUAGACCUUACGACGAUCUGGAGAGCGAGGAUGAUCUCGAUAGGGAGGAUAUCACAUUUCCCUCAGAUGCAGAUGCAAAAUUAUCAGGGAGCAGUAAACGGAGUAGUAUGCAGAGCCGUGGCAGUACCAGUAGCUUAGUAGAGCAGCGUAGUAUAACCCCCCGUUCUCAGGCAGCUACACCCAGAUCUCAGGCGGCAACGCCACAUAAAUAUAAAAAGGGUGACAUAGUGGCCACUCCAAAUGGAAUUAGAAAAAAAUUUAAUGGGAAACAAUGGCGUAGACUGUGUAGUAAAGAAGGCUGCUCAAAAGAAAGUCAACGGCGUGGUUACUGUUCUCGUCAUUUAAGUUUAAAAGGUUCAGGUUUACGUGGACCCACAAAUGCUUUUCAUGGUGGUGGUGAGGAAACAUCCAGAGACUCAGAUACCUCACCAAAUUACAGUGAUCGACGAAUGACUGGACGAUUUGAUCAAGAAGAAACAGAAGCUGCCAAUAUGCUCGUAUCAUUAGGCAGUUCACGUUCAGCAACACCAGCAUUCUCAUCUCCAACAGCUCAUUCUUCCAUAUCACCUUGUAUAAGUCAAUCACCAGUUCCGCCUCUAGGAUUAAACCAAAACAACGUAUUUAUGCCAAUAUCCAGUCCAGCGCAUCAUGCUACGUCACUUAUUUCGCCUGGUGCUAAAUGGAAACACUCGCCAACGCAGCAAAGUUUUACUGUUCAGUAUCAGCAAGUUAUAAAACCUGAGCCGAAUCGUAUGGUGAGGCCGAAUCGACCUCCACAGACAGCCCCGGUGCCACCAAAUUUGGGAACAAGCGUUAUCCGAAUCUCACCAGUUGGACGUGCAGUGCCCAUGCAAAAUCCUACAUUGACUUGGUCUGAACAGGGUCCACCGUCGCGGCAUCCUUCAGUCGUGACGUCUAUUACUCAGCAGCAGCAACAGCAGCAGCAGCAUCAACAACAACAACAACAACAACAACAACAACAACAACAACAACAACAACAACAACAACAACAACAACAACAACAGGGAAUAAUUCUCCAGCAUGCACUUACGUCUAACAAUGGGUUCGCAAAUCACACGGAGAUAAACGAGCAAAAUACACAGCACUUGAAAUCACCACACUCACCGCAUAUUUCUCUUCCGGUCCCUACUUCUACACACAAUGUAAGCCUUAUUCAUAAAUCUCAAGAUAUUCCUGUCGACUAUGCUCAACCCCAGAUACCGAAUCAAUCAAUUUACGGUUUACAAUCUCAGCAUUCACAUCAACAGUCUCAGCUUCAUCAUCAUCAUCACCAUCACCAUCAUCAACAGCAGCAGCAGCAGCAACAGCAGCACCAGCAACAACAACAACAGCAACACUUGUCACAGUCACAAGUACAACACGAUAAGAAAUAUCUGGUUAUAAAGAAUGGAACUGAGGUGCAGUCGGUACAUAUCACUCAAGAUGAUAAAUACCGACAAGGUAUGAUGAAUCAUAUGGAACAGGUGCAGUCACAAUUACAUCAAACUACAUGUCAACCACCACAAUCUAAUGUGAUACCGUCCGCUCAUCCUGAUAAAAUGUCAAUAAUAUCACAGCCGGGAAGUAAAGUAAUUGGACUUCAUGUAACUCCCGUGGAUUUAUUAAAGACUCAACCAAUGUCAACUGGCGUUGUAAUGUCAACAACAUCAGCUAUCACAAAUACAUCAGCACCUACCAGUGUUUAUCAACAUGUUAUUGUUCAGCCGAGUCAUUUAGUUCAAGUACCAAAGCCGUUGUCUCACUGUGAGGACAACAAUAAAAGCAACGGUGUUGUCUAUGCCAGUCAUGAAGUAUCUCCUGUAUAUCAACACCAUCCUCCGCCAUUGCACAACAGCAAUUCCGUGCGCAAUUGGAAAAAAGCUUUUUCCUGGCAGACAGUGGUAGAUCAGCCGGAAGUGAGUCCACCACCAUCGGCAUUGAGUCCACCCCUUAGCGCACCACCAAUACCAUUGAAUAUUGGGAAUGCUGGUGAAGAACCACCAUCGGGACCAGCACCAGAUCCUAUUACACCGGCUGAAGAGGAGGAUGAUGAUGUGUUUGAAGCCGAGCCGACUACUCCUGCUGAAAUAGAGGCUAAUUCAAAUAAACGACGUAGUCAAUCUCUCAGCGCACUUCAUAGUAAAGAGCCUCAAAGUCCGUCAGUUAAGUCAAAAGAUCCGCGAAUAAGGCGUCCAAUGAAUGCCUUUAUGAUAUUUUCAAAACGUCAUCGAGCUGUUGUACAUCAGAGACAUCCAAACCAAGACAAUCGUACAGUGUCUAAAAUACUAGGUGAAUGGUGGUAUGCAUUAGGUCCUGAAGAAAAACAAAAAUAUCAUGAUUUAGCGUCAGAAGUUAAAGAGGCGCACUUUAAAGCUCAUCCUGACUGGAAAUGGUGUAGCAAAGAUAGACGGAAAUCUUCGACGACUAGCUUCAAGGGCAAUGAAUCGAGAAGCAAGCUCAAUAGUACGGGAGAGGAAACGGAUGUGGGUCCUUCUAGUGAAGAUGUUCCGUUGACACCGCGUGGUUCGGAUGAAAUUUACGUUCCUGUUACUGCUGUAUAUAAUGAGAUAUCAAGUACUGAGAAUAAUGUUAGUCAAUCUCAUCCGCCUCAACGAGUUCAUGAGCAUCAAAUGCAAACGGAUAACUCGGAUUUUGGAGUAAAACAAGAGGAAGAUGGUAAUGCGUCUGACGAUGAUCAUCAAAUGGUUAUUUGUGAGGAUCCUCAGCCUGAUACAGACUUGAAAGCAAAACCCAAGGCUGCUGAUAAUGGUGUUGAGAUGCAGCAAGACGAAAAUACGGAAAAUAAUUUUAAUCAGUCAAGAUAUUCACCGGUUAGUGGUCAGAAUAGGGAAGGCCAGAAUAAUCAGAAUAUUAAUACAGAAAUUACGUGCCGUCCCAAACCUAUUAAAGGUACUGAAACAACAACAAAAUAUCAUCACGCGUCCAUAGAUAAAGGCGGAACAGUAUCAGUACUGCCACCUUACUCUUAUCUCAGUCCGGUAAAUCCUACUGGAGUGUCGGGAUUUCAACCAAAAGGAGGUGCUUUCAUAACGAUGCCAAUAUCCCCAAAAGUCGUUAAACCAGAACCUAUAAAAGGGGAUCAGCAGUACGCAACUCAAUAUAGUGUCAAUAAUUUAGUAUCGAGUGUCCACAAUGAAAACGGUCGAAGCAUCUCGAAAUUUACUGCUGCAUCAGUAUUGCACUCGAUUGGAUCAAAACCGAUGAUGGCUGUGCUGAAACAUCAGCCUUUGCAGCCAAUCACAACUCACCGUUCCCAAACAACAGUCGCUCCCUAUCAACCCCCGCUUACUCUUACAUUAUUAAAUAAUGAUUUGGUGGCUGUUUCUAAACAACAACAGGGUACCGCACAAUAUCUUGGACCAACUGGACAGCAUCCCAGGAUGUUAUUCCCUAGUUUUCAUAUUCCUAUUUCUGAUGCUGGAAAUCGUAAUCUAUCAGUACAAGGUUUUGCUGUAACUGGAAGUAAAAUAGAAACACCUAGUGUAAUUGUCACUAAAUCUCAUUCACUUGUUACUAAUUCGAAUCCCAGUACACCAAGUCAUCGUGAGUCAAUUGGACAUUCAAUUGCUCGAUUAGCGGAGCCAGAGAAAAAGGAUAAUUUGAUGUCAAAUAAUCACGUGCAAUUUUGUGGCAAUAAUUUAAAAGUCGAACAAGAAAGGAAAGAAAGUAGCAUGCAUUUAUCCUCGGGAAGUGAAAAACACAUGCAGCCAUCAACGCCUCAUACUCCUCAUACACCUCACGCUAAUCAAAGUGUCAGUGAACAUUCCUCGGGUGUGUUUUACUCUGUUGAAGAAUCCUCUGGUAGGAAUAAUGACGCUGGACAGAAUAAAGCUCCGUUUAUGUUGGCACCAACGCCUGCUCAACUUGGACGGGCUCCUUUGCAGCGAAGACAAUCUUUAGCUGUACCAACGUCAAAUACUGGAGAGCAAGGAAAUGCAUCUCAACUUACAGAUAAUCGUCAAAGAAAUGUUACAAAUUCCGAAUCACAGGGACAAAAUUCAGCGGAACCUUUAGCUUCUCCUUCGGCGUCUACUAAAAAAGGCUCAUUCUUCAAGAAAAAUGUUGAGGAUGGAAUGGAUAGAGUUCUCGAGCAGGUAAACUUUCAGGAAAAGUUUUCAUCAUUACCUGAGUUUAAACCCGAAGACAUACAGAGUCCAAACGCAAUAAGCAUCAAUACACCAGCUGGGUCUUCAGUUCACACACCAGCGACUGCUGGUCUUCAUUCAUCUAAUAUAUCACUUCAGAACUCACGUAAAAAAUCUGGUCUUGGAUCUCACAGAGCAUCAAUGAAUGAGGAAGACGCGGAGUCAGACAUUUCCGUCUCAGCAACCCCAAAAUCAACGGCAAGCGUUAAAUUAACAGGCAACACAUUUUUCGGUCCCGAUUUCAAUGUCGACGCGUUCAGAUUGAAUUCUGAAUUAGGGGGUGAGGGUGAAACAAAUUCACCGAGAACGCCAAAGACUCCAGGCGGGGGAGCGAACACUUCAGUUGGAAGUGCUCGUGCAGAUAAUGAACGUGGUCCUCGUAAAGUUCUUGAACGACGUCGGCAAUUAGUGAUGCAACUAUUUCAAGAUCAAGGAUAUUUUCCAUCUACCCAAGCCACUUCAAACUUCCAGGCAAAACAUUCAGAUAUAUUUCCUAAUAAAGCUAGUUUGCAAUUAAAAAUACGUGAAGUUCGUCAAAAAUUAAAUAAUUCUGGUUCUAUUCCUCCAAUAAGUGCUAGCAGUCUUGUUAGUCCUUUACCAGUACCAGAACCUUCACCCAAUGUUACUGGAUCAGUUCCUUCAACAUCAAUGGGAGCUCCUCAAUCACUACCUGUAAGCAGUAGUGGUAGCUAGCGCCCAUAUACCAACUGUGAUAAUGUAAAUUCUCGAGUUUCUAAACACGAGUAUAUAAUAAUUCUUUGAACAUAAAUUUUAUGGCGUUUGGGUUUAAAAAAAAAAAAAAAAAGAAAAAAAAAAUUAUAACGUCAUCAGGAUAAAGUUUUUUUUUUUACGAACUAUAAAGUUCUCUAUUAUAUUUUACUUGAUUAAAAAUAUCAAUGCGAUACUAGUGCAAUUAAAUAAAGAAUUUUAAGAAUAAUUAAUCAGUACGAAAGGCUAAUUAAAAUGUUAUACAUUAUUAAUGCUCUAGUAAUAUGACAUCUAGAGUAUACAUAUACAAUAAAAAUAAAAUUAUUCAUCUAUGAUGAAAAGUUAUGAUUAUUAUUAUUAAUAUUAUUAAUAUUAUUAUUAUUAUAUUAAUUAAAUAUGUUGAGUUAUCGUGACGGUUUAUCUUUUUUAUAUUAAUAACAAUUACUUAUAUUAUUAAUAAUAAUUAUCUAAAUUCGAUCAAUGCAACUGAUUACUGUAAAUUUAAAAUUAAUAAGCCAGUGACAGAUUUAAAGGCCUAUGAUAUUUUUAAUCAUUGUUGAACAGUCCUAGGAUGUUUACAAAUAAUCAGCAACUUAUUACAUGAUAAUAAGGUAUAAUUAUAUAUAAAAAAUAUUAAUAAUAAUAAUAAUACUGAUAAUAAUGUGAAAAUAUUAAAAUAUAAAUUUAAACUCGUAAUAGAAGUAAACAAUUAUUAUAAAUUUAAUAAAAAUUUAUUUAAAAUAAUUGUCAAGAUAAAUUUCAUAAAAAAUAAUAAUAAUCUCUACCGAAUUAUAUAAAACGAUACUGAAUAUUGCACAAAAAUAUCUACGUAACCGCAAAUUGUCUUUGUGUUUUUUGUUGUAAAUAAUUAUUAUUACUAUUAUUAUUAUUAUUAUUAUUAUUAUUAUUAUUAUUAUUAUUAUUAUUAUUAUUAUUAUUAUUAUUAUUAUUAUCAUUAUUAUUAUUAUUAUGUGGUAUUUAGCUGUUGGAUAGUAUGGAGAAAAUUAUUAACAAUUACGAAUAACUAUUAUUAUUAUUAUUAUUAAAUAAUAUGAAGAUAAUUGUGAAUGAAUUAUUCACCACAAAGUCUUGACACAAUAAAGGACUGAAUUUUUUUUUUUUUUUUUUUUUUUAUAUGGAGAAUAAAUAAUUCCAUUAUUAAAAAUUUAAUUGUAAUAAAAGAUUAAAAAAAAAGAAAAAGAAAAUCUAAUUAAUGCCAUCGUACGGCAAUGAUAAUGGUACGCGUUAAAUUUAUUGUUAAUGAUAUGAUAAUAAAUGAAUUAUCUGAUAAAAAUGAAAAUUAAAAAAAAAUGAAUGAUAUUGAUAGUAAAGAGUUUCAGAUAUAUUAUAAUGAAGAGGAUAAUAUUUCCGAAAGUACUUAUCGACUGUUUUUAAAUAAAACUUUGCCAUUAUUCAACGUAGCACAACACUGACAAUUAUCUUAUCAGUCUUACCUUAUAUUUCAUAUAUUUUAUGUACUACAAGUAUAUUUAUAUUUUUUGUUUUUAGUUCACCAUGACAUCCAUAUCAUAUUUUACAUCUUUUAUAUAUUUUUUUUAUAUAAUAUAUUUUUACUUAAAGAUAUCCUACAAAAAUUAUUCAAAUUUAUUUAUUUUAUUUUUACAUUUCUUGUAUAUUAAAAAAAAUGUUUCAUAUUUUUUGUGACCUCUGACUUUGUCCGCAAAAAAUCGGAAUAUUUAAAAGGCAGGAUAUCUUUAAAUAUUUUAUUUUAAUUGCAAUCGAGUCUUAUAAUUUUUUUAAAUUCAAAAAUUUAUUUUAUUUUUUAUGACAAUCAUGAUAAUUAUUUUUUUUUUUUCAAAUUUCUUUUUAUUAAAAUUUAUUUACAAUGUAAUUUUUUUAAAAUUAAAUUAAAAUUAUAAUUUUUAAGUAAUGAAUUUUUCCACUGAACACGAGCUUACUGAUAAAAAUAAAUACGUUGAAUUUUGGCGAGAUUGUUGAAUUUGGCUGUAAAGUAGAUAAUAUAAUUAGUUAAUAAAUAAAUAAUUAAUUAAAUAAAUGAAUUUAAAUAAAAGUUAUUAAUGACUUAAUAGAAUAAACUUCCGAUCGAACUUACAAACAAGCUAUAAAAUGUAAUUAUAAUCUAGUUGAAAUAAUAUUUGUCUGAUAUCUUCUGUAAAUAGAGUACAUCAGAUUUAACUCAUUAAAUAUAAUUAAGAAUUUAAUAAGUAAAGCAAAUAAGAUAAUUUUAAAAAAUAACAAAAAAAUAAACAAAUAAAAGUUAAAUAAUAAAAAAAAAAAGUGAAAUGACUAGGAUGUGUAAAUACGUGUAGAUAACACGGGAUAUGUAGACUUAUAAUUAAGAAAAAUGAAUGAAAGCAAGAUUAGGUUUUAAAAAAAAAAUAAAUUUAUUAUUAUAAAUAUAUAUAUAUAUAUAUAUAUAUUUAUGUAUAUAUAUAUUUAUUAUAACAAUGAGCCUUUGUAUAUUGUAGACUUUAUUGUGCUCGGGAUUGCUUACUCCCCAUAAUUUAACUCCAAAGUUAUAAAUAACUUUUUUCCAUAAAGUGUUCUGUCACUUUUAUUUGUAAAUAUUUUUAUUAAUUAAUUAAUUACUUAUUAUUAAAUAAUAAUUACCAUAGAUUGCCUCAAUAUUAAAGUUAUUAUUUGUCAUUAAUAAUUAAAAACAAAAAAAAAGAAACAAAUAAUAACUGGUUUAUUUAAACAUGAGACAUUUUACACUAGUUAAAUUUUAUAAUUAAUUAAUUAAUUGUCAUUUAUACAUUUUUUUUAAUCGAUUAAAUAUUAAAACAUGCCUUCCAAAUGGAAGUUAAAGCGCUUCCUUUUAAAUUUAAUAUCAGUUUAAUUAUUUAAGUUUAAUAUUGUUAGCUUAAUAAUUAAUAAUAUACUUUAAUUAUUUAACUAGUGUAAUGUCUUGUUCUAAUCCCGCUCAAAAAAAGUUUAAUAAAAAAAAAAAUAAUUAUAAAUAAUUUUUUUACUCGCGUAAAUUAAUAAUUAAAAAUAAACAACUUUCCAGUAUUGAUUAAGAUUCGAGUAUAAAAACUUUGGUAAUCUAAUAAUUAAUUACAACUUUUUUUUUGUAUCUUAUGUCUUUCGUUUUAUUUCUCUCUACCCCUCGUUAUUAUCUGAGAUAUUAUUAUAUUAAUUAAUUAAUAAAUAAUUUAUAGUAUGAUGAUAAAAAAUGAGUUUUUAAGUUUUAUGUUAAUUAGCUGCCAUACCCAAGUGACUGUGAUCUAGAAAACCGGAAGUAAAGUUAUAUGGGAUGGCUACUUGACAAUGUACAUACUACUGUUUUCUUCAUCAUACAGUAAUUAUUAUUAUUAUUAUUAUUAUUAUUAUUAUUAUUAUUAUUAUUAUUAUUAUUACUAUUAUUAUAAUUAUUAUUAUUAUUUCUAUUAAAUUAAUUGUAAACAACAAAAUUAAUUAUCAAUUAAUAGUAAAAAAAAAUUAUGCAAUUUAAAAAUAAUUUUAUUUUUUUUUCGUUGUGUGUUUUUUUUUUAAGCGGCUAU